GCAAGAUGGCGGCUGUGGUGGUGUCCCUGCUGGGCGUCCGCCGCCUCUGCCGUGUGCUGCUCUUCCUCUCACAGUUCUACAUUUUGUCGGGUGGUGGAUCCUUAAAUUUAGACCUUUCGCAGCCGCUGGCUCAGUCAAUAAAGGAUCCGGGCCCAACACGUACUUUCACAGUAGUUCCCAGGGCAGCAGAAAGUACCGAUAUCCCACCUUAUGUGAUGAAGUGUCCAAGCAAUGGUUUGUGUAGCAGACUUCCUGCAGACUGUGUAGAAUGCAAGACAAAUUUCUCCUGUGUCUAUGGGAAGCCUGUCACUUUUGACUGCACAGUCAAACCUUCUGUUACCUGUGUUGAUCAAGACUUCAAAUCCCAAAAGAACUUCGUCAUCAACAUGACGUGCAGAUUUUGCUGGCAGCUUCCAGAAACCGACUAUGAGUGUUCCAAUUCCACCAGCUGCAUGACAGUGUCCUGUCCUCGACAGCGUUACACUGCCAACUGCACAGUACGGGACCACAUUCAUUGCUUGGGUAACCGUACUUUCCCAAAAAUGCUGUACUGCAAUUGGACUGGAGGUUAUAAGUGGUCUACUGCUCUGGCUCUGAGUCCUGUUUGCUGUUGCAGCAUCACCCUCGGUGGGUUUGGAGCAGAUCGUUUCUACCUGGGCCAGUGGCGAGAAGGCCUCGGCAAGCUCUUCAGCUUCGGUGGCCUGGGAAUAUGGACGCUGAUAGACGUCUUGCUGAUUGGCGUUGGCUAUGUUGGACCAGCAGACGGCUCUUUGUAUAUUUAGCUGCAAUUACGUGCUUCAGAGAGGAGCAGUGCUUAGAAAAAGCCCUUUUGCCUGUAGGAAUUGAUGUGCUGUGAGUGAUGUAUUCGUAUGUUUUUUUUAAUGUACAGCAUCUGUACUUUGCCUGCCUUGAUGAAGGUAAAAUAAAAAACACUGAAUCAUGCUUA